GUUUCAACUCCAGGCGGUCCUGCCAGCCAUGUGGGUCUGGCCAAAAGAGAAGCAGAGCCACACUUGGGAAAAUGUUGGGAGCUGCCCUUAGCGUGCCGUCGGCCUCUGGGUCCGGAGCUUGUGUCCCACAUCCCAGUGUAUCGACUGCAUGGAAUUUGAGCGCCGUGCUGCCCUUCUGACGUUUUCGCCUCGGCUUCAUCAGUACUGCCCGGCGCUCCCUGCGAGAAUGGGGGCAGGAGCUCUCGCCAUCUGUCAAAGUAAAGCUGCAGUUCGGCUGAAGGAAGACAUGAAAAAGAUAGCAGCGGUGCCACAAAACGAGCAGAAGAGUUCCACCUACAAAAAGUUAUUUGGCGUCAGUCUCCAAGACCUUCAUCAGCAGGGCCUCACUGAGAAUGGCAUCCCAGCUAUAGUGGGGAGCAUAGUCGAGUACUUGACCAAGCACGGGCUCACCCAGGAAGGCCUGUUCAGGGUGAACGGCAACGUGAAGGUGGUGGAGCAGCUCCGAGGGAAGUUUGAGAGCGGAGUGCCGGUGCAGCUGGGGACGGACGGCGACGUGUGCUCUGCCGCCAGCCUGCUGAAGCUCUUCCUGAGGGAGCUGCCCGAGAGCGUGAUCCCCGCCGCGCUCCAGCAUCGGCUCAUCCAGCUCUUUCAGGAUGACAGAAACGAUGCUCAGGAGAGUAGCUUAAGAGACUUAAUAAAAGAGCUGCCAGACACCCACUACUGCCUCCUCAAGUACCUUUGCCAAUUCUUGACAAAAGUAGCCAAGCACCAUGUGCAGAACCGCAUGAAUGUUCACAAUCUCGCCACUGUAUUUGGGCCAAAUUGCUUUCAUGUGCCACCUGGGCUUGAAGGCAUGAAAGAACAAGACCUUUGCAACAAGAUAAUGGCUAAAAUACUAGAAAAUUAUAAUACCCUGUUUGAAGUAGAGUAUAUGGAAAAUGAUAACCAGAGGUGUGAAAACCUGGCGAGGCUUAUCAUGGUAAAAGAGGCCAACUGUAAGAAAUCCUUACCCAUCCUUCUCACAAAAGACAUCGAAAGAGACAAGCGAAAGCCAUCUCCAAAAACCAAGAUCCCCAAAUCCAGGAGUGAGGGAUCUAUUCAGAACCGCAGGGUUCCCCAACCAGAGCUAUCUGAUGGCGUUCCUCAGGUCAGCCUGCGGAUCAGUCGUAGAAAACCCUGCUGGGAUGAUACAAAUUCAGCUGAGGAUGCUACUGCUACCAAGUUACUCUCCAGUUCCCAGGAAGAUGAAAGACCCAUGUCACCUUUCUACUUGAGCGCCCACGUAUCCCAAGUCAGCAGUGUGUCGACCACUGGAGAACUCUUGGAAAGAACCAUCCGGUCAGCUGUAGAGCAGCAUCUUUUUGAUGUUAACAGCUCAGGAAGCCAAAGUUCAGAGGACUCGGAAUCUGGGGCAUCAUCCGCAUCUUCGUCCACAUCUACCAAACAGCGCCGACGCCAGUCCAAGGAGCAGGAUGGAGUUCGACAGGGCAGAGAUGUGGGACUUAUCAACAAAGAAAAUAUUCCUUCUGGAUUCAACAACCUUGAUGAAUGUAUUUUGAAUGCUCAGGAAGUGGAAAAAUUACAUGAAAAUUCUUCUGGUUACGCUGGAGAAAGGGGCAAGCCUAAACGUCAGAAAUCCAGCUCCAGACUUUCUGAGCCCAGUGAAAAUCAAGAUGAUCUUGUGAAUAUGGAAAAUCUCAGGACCUCACCAUCUUAUGAAAGGACUGGACCUGACAGUGUUGAACUGAUGUCCGAUGAAAGCAAAGAAAAUGAAGAGGAUGGCAGGCACGCCCAGCAUUUUGAGAGCCCGACCAUGAAGAUCCAGGAGCAUCCCAGCCUACCUGACACCAAGCUGCAGAGGAGUCCCGAUGCCGAUGGCCAGCAGGAGAGCUUUGUCGCCGAAGUGCCUGAACUGGACCUGACUGCAUUGUGUGAUGAGAAGAGCUGGGAAGAGCCCAUCCCGGCUUUCUCCUCGUGGCCCCAGGAGAACGUGGACGCUGACGAAGCGCGCCUCUCCCCGCAGGCGGGGCGCCUGAUUCGGCAGCUCCUGGAUGAGGACAGCGACCCCAUGCUGUCUCCCCGCUUCUAUGCCUACGGGCAGAGCCGGCAAUACCUGGACGACACUGAAGUGCCUCCUUCUCCCCCCAAUUCCCAUUCCUUCAUGAGGCGCCGCAGCUCCUCCCUGGGCUCCUACGACGAUGAGCAAGAGGACCUGACACCUGUCCAGCUCACGCGAAGGAUUCAGAGCCUUAAAAAGAAGAUCCGAAAGUUUGAAGACAGAUUCGAAGAAGAGAGGAAGUACAGGCCUUCCCAUAGCGACAAGGCAGCCAAUCCGGAGGUUCUGAAAUGGACAAAUGACCUGGCUAAAUUCCGGAAACAACUUAAAGAGUCAAAACUGAAGAUAUCAGAAGAGGACCUAACCCCCAGGAUGCGGCAGCGAAGCAACACGCUCCCCAAGAGUUUUGGUUCCCAGCUUGAGAAAGAGGAUGAGAAGAAGCAAGAGCUGGUAGAUAAAGCAAUAAAGCCUAGUGUGGAGGCCACGCUGGAAUCUAUUCAGAGGAAGCUCCAGGAGAAGCGGGUGGAAACCAGCCGUCCUGAGGAUAUUAAGGAUAUGACCAAAGACCAGAUUGCUAAUGAGAAAGUAGCCCUGCAGAAAGCUCUGCUGUAUUACGAAAGCAUUCAUGGACGGCCGGUGAGCAAGAAUGAACGCCAGGUCAUGAAGCCACUGUACGACAGGUACCGCCUGGUCAAACAGAUCCUGUCCCGAGCCAGCUCCAUCCCCAGCAUCGGUUCCCCUUCCAGCAAGCGGAGAAGCCCUUUGCUGCAGCCAAUUAUCGAGGGCGAAACUGCUUCCUUCUUCAAGGAGAUAAAGGAAGAAGAGGAGGGUUCGGAGGAUGAUAACACAAAGCCAGACUUCACAGUCACCCUGAAAACCGAAUUCAGUGCCCGUUGCUUUCUGGACCAAUUUGAAGAUGAUGCUGACGGAUUUAUUUCCCCAAUGGAUGAGAAAAUACCAUCAAAAUGCAGCCAGGACACCGGGCUUUCAAAUCUCCAUGCUGCUUCAAUACCAGAACUCUUGGAACACCUUCAGGAAAUGAGAGAAGAAAAGAAAAGGAUUCGAAAGAAACUUCGUGACUUUGAAGACAAUUUUUUCAGACAAAAUGGAAGAAACGUGCAGAAGGAAGACCGCACUCCUAUGGCUGAAGAAUACAAUGAGUAUAAGCACAUUAAGGCAAAACUAAGGCUCUUGGAGGUGCUCAUCAGCAAGAGAGACACUGACUCCAAGUCCAUGUGAGGAGGCAGCCCCAUCCGAGCAGAGGGGGCUGGGGUGCAGGGGGCAGAGGCCUUCCCCCCCACCCCGCCUCCUUUGGCGAAUAGCAGCUCCGCAGAAACUGAAGUCAGCCUCAGAGCUGGACCUACAAGGCAUGUAGCCCUGCUGCCUCCAGGCCACUGGGGUCAACUCCAGUUUCCAUUGGCUGCCUCAGAAGCCACCUAGAUGGAAGGAGGCAGCCCACCUCACGCAGGGCUUCUGUAAGGGAAAGUCACAGUCACCACGCACCCCGGUGCACACAGACACACGCAGACGCUGACACUGCAGCGAUGAAUCACUACAUUGAGACACACUCAUCUGCAGAGAAUGUCCCCUGCCCUUCCCUGGAUAACUGAGAAACAGACCAUUCUCUGUCUAACUGUGACAAAGACCAGCUCAGGACUUGACUUCGAAGAGCGAGCUGGCUAGGCACCUCUGUGUCCUCUUCGGACCCAGCAAAGUGGGAAGAUGCACUGGAGCCCUGUUUGCUGCCUUGGCCAUUAUCGCGACCUUUCCCCAGAGCUGCGCCUCUCCCUGCUCAGCUCUCGGGUAGACGGGAGCCACGUCUGCCCCCUGCGGCAGGGCGGUCCUCUGUCUGACCUUGUUUCUUCACGACGUCCUCAGCAACAGAGACCUGUGUUCCCUGACUGGGUGGGGCUGGACCACCUGCAGAGGACGGGGGGUGGGGGGAUAUAGCAGUAGCUAUGUCCAUGCGGAUUGUUCAGUUAGGCAGGAGUGAAGAGCUGGGGAAUUCUCUCCCAAACGCUGACUGCAUUUGUCAGCCUCAAAUCUUAACAUCAAAUGCUAAGCAAGGCCAUCAUGCCAUGGAAGCCUGUUUGGGGUUUGGUUUCGUUUUGGCUUUAGCCAAACAGAAGGGUCUUGCUUCAUUCUUAGCUCAAGGGUAGAGGAUCAUGAGAGAGAAAGAGCUUGUAUUCUCAGCCUCCUGAGUACUUAACCAGCGUUUAAUUUUUUUCUUUUAAAGUAAACCUGCACUAAAAAUCUUCUAACUGAGGGGUAAGUGUAGCCCUCAGAGCUCAGCCUAAGGCAGAAUCUAAAUCACACUAUUUUCAAGAUCACAUGUAAAGAGAAAAAAUAAUGUGUAGCCAGUUAUGAUUAUACUUUCUUCAAGGACUGUGUCACAAAGCUGUCUACAUUAGACAUUUUGGAGGGACCAGGGAGUUGAAGACACCAAAUCAUUCAUCUCUUCAGUGUGCUGACGCCAUCUUUUGACUUGUUGUUACCUUCUGACCUUCUGUGUCUACACUGAGGAAAGUGGGUUCUGGCUCUGCCUGUCCAGCCCAGCCCCUUUGUGCUUUGUGAGGUUGAGCACAGGGUUCUGCACACCAGCCUCAGGCUGCCCAGAGAAAGUGUUUUGGUGGGCUCUGCCUUUGGCAGAUAAUGGUGCAGAAUGAACAGGACGACAAAGGGGUACCAUUUUGUUUUGUUUAAUAAUAAUAAUGAGAAAACUCUUUCUGACCAGUUACCAGUUUCCGAAGUGGGUUCUUGAGAAACCGUCCGGUCAGAUUGGAUUCAUAGCAGCAUUUUCCAUAGUUGAAAUGAGGUAGCAGCUGUCUAUCAGAUGAAAAUCCUUUCCAUCAGGAGUAGGGGGAAAAGAAUACCUUUAAGUUUGCUCUUAAAGAAAAUUAUAUAAAA